AUGUCGAAGCCUCAGAGAAAGCCGGCCUCGGCUGCGACCAACUUGAUCGCUGGUGGUGCCGCAGGUAUGAUGGAGGCACUGGUCUGCCACCCUCUCGACACGAUCAAAGUCCGCAUGCAGCUCUCCCGACGAAACAAAGCCGGCGGCAAGCGUCGCGGCUUCAUCGCUACCGGUGUCGACAUCGCCAAGAAGGAGACUCCCCUCGGCUUGUACAAAGGUCUCGGUGCCGUGCUCACAGGUAUCGUCCCAAAGAUGGCCAUCCGAUUCACCAGCUACGAGUGGUACAAGCAAUUGCUCGCCGACAAGGAGGGCAAGGUCGCCGGUAGCUCCAACUUCAUCGCCGGUCUCGCCGCCGGUGUCACCGAAGCCGUCCUGGUCGUCACUCCCAUGGAAGUCGUCAAGAUCCGUCUGCAGGCGCAAUUCCACUCCAUGGCCGACCCGCUCGACGUGCCAAAGUACCGCAACGCCGCCCACGCCUUCUACACCGUCCUGAAGGAGGAAGGUCCCGGUGCGUUAUGGCGUGGUGUCUCCCUCACUGCUCUCCGCCAGGGUACCAACCAAGCCGCCAACUUCACCGCCUACACCGAGCUCAAGGCCAUCGUACAGAAGAACGCCGCCGACCCGAACGCGCCGCUCCCCGCAUACACCACCGCGCUCAUCGGUCUGGCAUCCGGUGCCGUCGGUCCCUUCUGCAACGCACCCAUCGACACCAUCAAGACCCGUCUCCAGCGCACACCCUCGCAGCCCGGCCAAACCGCCAUGAGCCGCAUCAUCAACAUUGGUUCCAACAUGUUCAAGCAGGAGGGUCCCCGCGCCUUCUGGACCGGUAUCACACCCCGAGUGGCCCGUGUGGCGCCGGGUCAGGCUGUCACGUUCGCUGUGUACGAGUACCUGCGGGAAAUUCUGGAGAAGAAGAGGGAGCAAAUUCCGGGAAACAAGUACGAAGAGUGA